AGAGAGAGAGAGAGAGAGAGAGAGAGAGAGAGAGAGAGAGAGAGAAGCCAGUUGUCCUUCACUCAUUGCUUUAAGUUUCGAGGCAGACGUUCUUGGCUUGGACGCUGCGCUCAUGUCAGGAUUAGGAGUCGGGGACGGGGGACACACCGGCGAUCUGCAGGUCCUAAUUGACCGACCCGAGCCAGAUUCCCUCCCUGGUCAGCUGUGACAAACUCAUCAAGCCAUCUUCAGAGGCUGACCUGACUCCCGUCAUCUUCCAUCAUGCGUCUCCUCGCCACACUGUGCCUCUUGCUACUCCUCCGGUUCGCCGAGCCCCGCCGAGGCCCGCGGUCCAGCAUCGCGGAGCGGGGUACCGCCCAGUGGACCCAAACACGAGGCAGGGGAAGGCCCGGCGUCGUGAGGCGCCAAACACAGGAGUGCAAGGAGUACAUGGAAGCGGGAGAUAAGUACCUCGACUGCCAGGACAGGCAGUUGACCACCGUGAUGCAAGACUGGCCCAAAGAUAUCAACCACCUGCUACUGGCCAGGAAUAAAAUCCAGGUUUUGCGGGACAACAUGUUCUCCCAGUUCACCCAACUGAAAAGCCUGGACCUCCAACAGAACGACAUCUCCAUGAUGGAGGACCGAGCGUUCAACGGCCUUUCCAAACUCAGGACACUGCUGCUGCAACACAACAGCCUGAAAACGGCCUCCGAGGAGGUCCUGCUCCCCAUGCCCCGCCUUACCUACCUCCGUCUCUACGACAACCCCUGGAGCUGUCACUGCCCAUUGGACAGCCUGCUUAGAACGCUGCAGGUGCCUAGUAACCGCAACCUGGGCAAUUACGCCAAGUGCGCAGAGCCCCUUUCGCUGAAGGGCCAGAAGCUGAAGAAGCUGAACGUGGACUCGUUGUGUGCAGGUGACAACCAGGUGGAUGAGACUCAACCUAAGCCACCAAUCAAAAAGACAGUGGCCACAUCCAUGUGCCACACUUACAUGUUCCCCAAACCUCUGCUGGACUGCAGCAACAAAGGUUUGAGCAACGUCCCGUCCGACCUGCCUUCCGACAUCGUGAAGAUGGAUCUGUCCGGCAACAACAUCAAACAUCUCAAGCCCAAGCAGUUCCUGCAGUCCAAAGACCUCAAGUUCCUCAACCUCAGCAGCACCAGCCUGAACCAAAUAGACACAGGUGCAUUUGCAGGGCUGCUGUACCUCCGCGAGCUGGACCUGUCCAACAACAACCUCCACUACUUCCAGUACGCCGUCCUGGAGGACCUCUACUUCCUGCGUAAACUCUCUCUUGGCAACAACCCGUGGAUCUGCGACUACAACAUCCACUACCUGAUCUACUGGCUCAAGCUGCACCCCGGCGUGGCCCACACGGGCCUCACCUGCGCCGAGCCGCGGGAGUUCCGGGGCUGGCGCGUGGCGGACUACGUCAAGACGUACAACGGGGAGUGUCCCAAGGAUGUGCAGACAGCGGGGGGCAACGGGGGACAGGGGGAGAUGGAGAAUGAGGCCCAAGAGCUGGUGAGGGAGACGGAAGAAGGGGUCCGACCGCGGCCCCUGAAAGAGCGAAAUCUGAAAAAAUUUGAAAUUAUCAGGUUGAGUUAAUCUCGAGGUCGAAUUCUGGUUUAUGGUUUUUGCGCAGGGGAUUUUAGUCUGGGAUCAGGCUGAAGAAUUAUCACAGGUCGACUCAGCGAUUUUUGCUUUUGAAAGGAGACAAUGGUACGUUUCGUCCAAUGCAUUUUGCAAUUCAUGUAAAUAAAAAGGGGAGUCUUUUAAGGGGCGUCAGAAUCCUCAAAAGGGAUCCUUGAAGUGUCCCGUUGCUGUGCUUAGUCAACUUUAGGUUUGUGCGGAACUUUUCCUCAACGGGAGUUGUAUUCCCAAGAUAAAACAUCGCCCCCAGCUGCUCACAAAAACGAACUACAGGUGCUUGAUCUCGAAACCUUUUUUGUACUGAUGAAUGAAUGAGUGAUGCUCUGGAU